UAUUUAUUUUGGAAAAAAAAACCCUUCCCGAGGUUUCUUCCUCUUCGCGAUCGAUUUAGAAUUCUCUGUUCUGUGUGCGUUUGUUGAGUUGGUGGAAGGCAGAAUGGGGAUCAGAUUCAUUCUCAUGGUGAACAAGCAGGGCCAAACCCGCCUCGCUCAGUAUUACGAAUAUCUCACUCUCGAAGAACGUCGAGCUUUAGAAGGUGAAAUCGUUCGGAAAUGCCUCGCUCGAAACGAACAACAGUGUUCCUUUGUCGAGCAUCGCAACUAUAAGAUUGUAUAUAGGCGGUAUGCAUCUUUAUUUUUUCUGGUUGGAGUUGACAAUGAUGAAAAUGAGCUAGCAAUUUUGGAAUUCAUUCACCUGUUGGUUGAAACCAUGGACCGUCAUUUUGGGAAUGUUUGUGAGCUAGAUAUAAUGUUCCAUCUAGAGAAAGCACAUUUCAUGCUGGAGGAAAUGGUCAUGAAUGGGUGUAUUGUAGAAACAAGCAAGUCUAACAUUCUGUCCCCAAUUCAACUGAUGGAGAAAUCAUCAUGAAAAUUUUAUGAGUUGUCUUUUGUGUAACAUCUUAGCUCUUCUGCCUCUUUAUACAAAUACUCCAUUGAGGUACCGAAUUGAUGUUAAUGUUUACGAAUUUAUAUGAUGGUGCCCUGUUCUGCCACGUGCCAAAAUGCAAGCAAUUCAUUAAGAUACAGUUAAUUUGACAAA